GUGUUCACCCGGAAGUAAACUGAGGUUGUUUCCCUCUCCAAGCGAAGUGAUUGGUCAGCCUUGUCUUGCGUAAAGAAAGUGCAAGUGCGGUGCGUGCGGCGAUUGCCUCACCUCAUCAGUUGCCCGCCUAUUUCACUCUUCCUGCUCACUCACCCUCUUUAGAAAGGUGUGGCAGCUAACAAGAUGGAAUUGUCAAGGUCGUUGCUCCGAUCUCUGCCUCGACGGUCACCUCGCCUAUCGCGGGCUGUGAGACAUGGCGAGCAUUCCUCCACCGCCCUCGUCUGCUCGCCUAUGGCAGUAUGGAGCCGGAGACAAUUCACGAGCAGUCCACCUUCACUUUUGCCUGGACCUCCAGGACUGGGAUUCGGCGGCUCAUCUUCUCCGACCACAUACUUCCAGAGGCAGACGAGCCUACCAGCGAACACAAUCAUCCGCUUCGUGCCUCAACAGACUGCAUGGAUCGUAGAGCGAAUGGGAAAGUUCAACCGGAUUCUAGAACCCGGUUUAGCAAUUCUUAUGCCCGUCAUUGAUCGCAUCGCCUACGUUCAAUCUCUGAAAGAGUCGGCUAUCGAAAUCCCAAGCCAGAGCGCCAUUACCGCAGACAACGUCACACUAGAAUUGGAUGGUGUGCUUUAUACAAGAGUUUUCGAUGCAUACAAGGCGAGCUAUGGAGUUGAAGACGCAGAGUAUGCUAUUUCACAACUGGCGCAGACGACCAUGCGGUCCGAAAUUGGCCAGCUCACACUCGACCACGUCCUGAAGGAGCGAGCGAAUCUCAACCACAACAUUACUCAGGCGAUCAAUGAAGCCGCGCAGGAGUGGGGUGUUGUAUGUCUAAGAUACGAAAUCAGAGACAUUCACGCACCGGAGGGCGUUGUGGCAGCUAUGCACAGACAAGUAACUGCGGAACGAUCGAAGCGAGCCGAGAUUUUGGAGUCAGAAGGUCAAAGACAAAGUGCGAUCAACAUAGCUGAAGGUCGGAAACAGUCUGUCAUCCUGGCUUCUGAAGCAUUGAAGGCGGAGCAAAUCAACAUGGCGUCCGGUGAAGCCGAAGCAAUCCUGGUCAAAGCCCAGGCAACUGCACGCGGCAUUGACGCCGUUGCGCAGGCGAUUCAACAAGGCGAGACAAGUGCCCAGAACGCUAUCAGCCUCAGCGUCGCGGAUAAGUAUGUCGAGGCAUUUGGCAGAUUGGCCAAGGAGGGUACUGCAAUCAUAGUGCCUGGCAAUGUUGGAGAUAUCGGCGGUAUGAUUGCUAGUGCAAUGGCAGUCUACGGCAAGGUCAAUGAGAGUCAGGCGAGGAGCAGUGCGGCAAAGGCGUCUGCUCAAUCUGAUAACAACGCUCACAAGGACGUCGGACAGCGUGUGAUCGAAGCCGCUCAACAUGGAAAUGCCAAAGAUGUUGCUGAGACCGUCCUUGAGGGAUUCGAGAAGACGAGGCAGUCUCGCAGAUGAGAUUACGAUGAUCCAUCACCACGGGCAUUCAUUAUUCGAAGUCCGAGUUCAGAAAGUUCAACUCACUCACGAUGCAGCGACGGCGUCUGCGUGUACUAUUAGCAUAGGCUCCAAAAAGUACUACUAGGAAGAAUAUCAUAAUGAGCAUACUCUGAAUAA